GAUAUGUUGUGCAGUAGUUCAAAACAUUAAUUGUACUGUUUUGUUUAGAGCGUCUAGGGGUUUUACUAUGUUUAUUGGUGGUAUUGUGCUGUCAGACUUGGUUAUACCAAUCUUUCAAAAUUUACAUAGUUUCAAAAACAUUAUUCUGUGCUUAACGUGAAUAUUUAACCAGUUCGUCAUUUUAUUUUUUCAUUAAGUUUUUAAACAACUAAUAGUUCGUUAAAAAUCUUUAUUAUGGUAACAUGAAAAGUACAUUUUUUGGUUAGCUGUAAAUUAUUCAUACAGGAGAAUGAUAGUUUUCGCUAUAUAUUUUAUAAUAUCUUCUUGUAUAUUUGCAAAAGGCAUUUCUUUGGUUAAUCACAAUGGAGGAAAUUGUGCUCCCUACUCUGGAAGAAUUUGCAAAAAUUAUCUAUCUGGCUCAGUUUGGUUUAACACGAGUGAAGCGAAUUCUGGCAGUUGGCGAAAUGAAUAUAUUACUAUUGGAUUAUGGGAUGAGAUAAUUAGUACUCUCAGAAAUCCCUGCAAAAGUGCUGCGGAAAAAUUGUUGUGUGCCUACGCUUUUCCACAAUGUGUGGUAAAACCUAACAGUACAGUUGCAUUACCUUUAUGCUAUGAAGACUGCAUUGCUGUGAAAGAUUUAUUUUGUUAUAAUGAUUGGGCAUUAAUUGAAGAAAAUAAGAAGAGAGGAAGUUUUUUAAAAUCGAAAGGACAUUUUUCAUUGCCUAAUUGUGAUGAAUUACCAAAAUAUAAUCCUGAAGUUCCCACCUGUUCUUACACAAAGUUGACUGAAAUGAAGAAAGAUGAAAUUACUACUGACUGUAUUAUUGGCCGUGGCAGAUGGUAUCAAGGAACCAAAAAUGUCACAAAGACUGGUUUACCUUGUCAACGUUGGGAUUCUACUGUACCUCAUUCUUAUGAUCGUCCUCCAAAUGUAUUUCCUGAGGUUCAGAAUGCUGAAAACUAUUGUAGAAAUGCCGGUGGUGAAGAACCAACACCUUGGUGCUACACAAUGAAUCAGUCAGUGAGGUGGCAGCAUUGCGACAUCCCAUACUGCGAUGCCCCAAGUGGAGUUAAAACAGAAAAUACUGAACUAAUGAUGGAUACCUUGUUUGCCCCUGCCUAUGUGAUGCUAUUAGCAGCUGUCGGGUUUAUUUCAAUUGUUAUUAUACUACUUUUAGUACUUCUUUGCCAAAGACUGUUUCAUAAUCGGAGGGUAUAUCAUCCAACACCUACUAGGGAUAUUAAUAUUGAUUUAGAGAAGUUACCAAGUAAUACUGCAUACCAUACUGCUGGGACCUGUCUUAAUCCAAAAUUAGAAAAACUGGAAUUCCCACGAAAUGAUAUCAUAUAUGUUCAAGAUUUGGGACAAGGAGCAUUUGGUCGUGUUUUUCAGGCAAAAGCUCCUGGUCUCUUGAAAGGUGAAGAAUUCACUUUAGUUGCUGUUAAAAUGCUGAAAGAAGAGGCAUCUGAUGAUUUACAGUUAGAUUUUGAACGAGAGGCUUGUUUAUUAGCUGAAUUUGAUCACCCUAAUAUUGUUAAGUUGUUGGGAGUGUGUGCAAUAGGCAAACCUAUGUGUUUACUAUUUGAAUACAUGGGGAGAGGAGAUCUUAAUGAAUUUCUAAGAUCAUGUUCUCCUAGUAACUAUAUUGUUCAUGCAAGUGAAGGGAGUGAAGUUUUUAAAGAUGUUCAACUUACUGCAGCAGAUUUGUUGAGGAUUGCGCAACAAAUUGCUAGUGGAAUGGUUUAUCUUUCUGAUAGAAAAUUUGUUCAUCGAGAUCUUGCCACAAGGAACUGUCUUAUUGAUGAUUCAAUGGUUGUUAAAAUAGCUGAUUUUGGACUUUCUCAAAAAAUGUAUCUUCAGGAUUACUACAAAGGAGACGAACAUGAUGCUAUUCCUGUAAGAUGGAUGCCAUUGGAAAGCAUUUUGUAUAAUAAAUAUACUAUUGAAACAGAUGUUUGGGCUUUUGGUGUUUGUCUAUGGGAAAUAUUUUCAUUUGCUCUCCAACCUUAUUAUGGUAUGACACAUGGAGAGGUUGUCAAAUAUAUCAAAGACGGAAAUGUUCUUCAAUGUCCGGAAAAUACUCCAAAAUGUAUUUAUAACCUCAUGAAACACUGUUGGAAUAAAAAACCUUCAUUAAGGCCCAGUUUCCGCACUGUUCAUCAAAAUCUUCAAUUAAUAUUGGAUGAAACAUUAAAAGAGAAUUCCCAUGCUUUGACUUCAUAUCAACAGUCACCUCAGUGAUAAAACAAUGUCAGUUUAGCUAUGUAUAAGCCUAAAUGAUUGACCACUUUUAUAAAAUUAUUUUAAUUAUUAUUGUGAAUAAUAAAUUGAAAUUCAUUUUGAAGUUUCUAAAGCAAAAUGAAAUGAUUUGAAGAUGUGAUAUUUAUAUCUAAUAAUUUGUAUUUGUUUAAGCUAAUUAAUUUCUCAUGGAUUAAUGUUCUUUCUUAGUGAACUCUUGAUGGUAUAUUUAUUAAUAACAGGAAAAAUUCCAUUUCAUUUUAUAUGUUAAGUUUUUGUAUAAAGACAAUUACUUGUUUUAAUCUUAAUGUGUUAUUUUGUUAGUUAUGUUUAUAUAAGUAUCCUAAUAGCCUGAUUUUUCUUUUAGAAUAUAGGAUAUAAAUUUUUUAUAUUGUUAUUUAUGAUCUUUCAUUUUCUAUAUUUUGUUCCUAAAUGUUACUUAAGAUAUAUGUAACUUAUUACCACAUUUACUUAUUUAUAUCUUUUAUAGAAAGCUAUGAAUGGUUAUUAUGAGCCAUUUUUAAUUUAGUGUAUAUAUUCUUACAUGAGAAUAGCAUUUUGUACUAUGUAAUUAUUUUCUGACUCAUUUACUACAUUUUUUUAAAUUUAGGUUCCCACCUAUCAGUUAGGAAGGGAUAGGUCAAAUAUGACUGUGUUCAUCUUUUAUGUAAUUUUUUAUUAAUGAAAAUACAAGACAAUAUUUAAAAGAUACAUUCAAAUUGUCUUAAAUGUAAAACUUGUAAUAUGAAGUGUUUAUUUUUUUUAAUAAAUAGAUGUUUACGAAUAUA